AUGCUUUGCAUAGCAUUGAUUUGGAUUGAUUGUCUCGCUAACUCGUGGAAUAGCUACAACAAUGAUGGUGUAAUGGCAGUCACUCGUGCCGCCGAGGCCAAGCGCUCUCCCGCAUUAAUCGAAACCUUUCCAUGGACAAUGCACUUCCAAGGCCCACAUUUCGUCAAGUACAUCGUGGAAGCCGCCCACGCUGCCUCAGUUCCUAUCGGGGUCCAUCUCGAUCACCGUAUGGAUCCAGCCGAAGUUGAGCAAGCCUUGAAACUGCCCAUCGACUCCAUGAUGGUCGAUGCGUCGAGGCUGGAGCCGGAGGAAAACAUCGAAUAUUGCAGACAGAUCACGGAGCAAGCCAAGAUAAAGGGAAUCACUGUUGAGGCCGAAAUGGGACGUAUCAAUGGCGGAGAGGACGGGAUUCCGGAUGCCAGCCACCUCGAAGAGAUCUGGACUGAUCCACAACACGCGGAGGAAUUCACCCGACGAACAGGUGUUCAAUUUCUGGCGCCUUCAUUUGGCAAUAUCCAUGGACCUUACCCUGAAGGUGGCUCUGAGAAAUAUUGGCAGCUUGAUCGGCUUAAAUUGAUUGCUGAUGCCAUUGGUCCUACCAUUCCUCGGGUAAUUCAUGGAACGCAUCCCGUCCCGGACUGGCUUUUUCAUAAGGCCAUUGCAACGGGGGCUCGUAAGAUCAAUAUCAACCGGAAUGCUCGUGAUGGAUACACAGCCUUCGUGGCCGAGAAUGCUGACCGCUUGGAGCUUACUGCUUUGAAGGAACAGUCCGUGGCAAUCUAUCAAAGAUCAGUAGAACACUUGAUGGAUGUCCUUGGUUCAUCCGGGAAGGCGCAUUAG